UUGAGUUGUUCCAAAGGCGGUUUUAUAGAAAAUCAAUUGAGGAACAACCUGUUAGCUAAAUAUAUGGACAGAAGAAAACAAAGAGUUUUGGGCCACACGAUGUGGAAUUCGAAAAUGGGUGAAGACGAUGAUAAUCGGCACAAUGAAUAUCUGGAAGAAUUCGUUCGAGACUCUGAAGCGCAUGAUACCUUCUCAUCUGAAGCCGAAUUAGGGAAGAUAGUUUCUUGUUUGCCCAACUGGAAAGUGGCAGGGGCUGAUGGAAUCUACAACUUCUUGAUUAAAAAGUGCAUCUCCUUUCAUCUAGAUCUGUACAAAAUAGCGAAUCUGCUUGGAUGAUACCUCAAGUUGGAGGUUCUCACCGAUCAAAGAAUGCACAUACCGAACCAUUUACUAUUUGUGGAUAUUCUCAAGUUCCUUGCUGCCGACGAAGAUAUCAUGAAAGCUGUAGCCGAAGAAGUCCAAAAGUUCUUUGAAAUAGUAGGGUUAGAGGUGUCAGCCACUAAUACUGAGGUAUGCGCUGGUAAGCCGGUGCUCUUGAAAGGAACUCAAGAAGAUAUAAAUACUUUGGCAUAA